GUAGACACGACCAUGUUCACCACCCUCCCGACCAACGAAACGGAACAGGAGAUAUUCUCCAACAUCCAGGACAUCCUGGCGCAGAUCGACGAGUACUGCUCCCCCGGGGGACGGGGGUACACGACGGCCACGCCCCACAACCAGACCCAAGAUUCGGCCGAGGAAACAGAUAUCCUCACCACGGGAGACAGCGGCACCCACCCCACGGAGCCGCCCAACAUGCGGUACACCACCUCCCUCUUUGGUACGACGGAGAACGUCCCUUACGUGGAUUUCCCCCACCUCGACCCUAAAAGGGAUGGUGUGGUUUUGUCAUUUCUUGGUACAUACGGAGGACUAACUCGGAUAUACCACAACCCAAAUAUGGACUACAUGUUUCCGGAUUUCUCAAGCAAAGAUCAGCAAAACACCAUCGAGGAGGAUUACUUCAGACGACCGGUAGAUGAAAUCAACGAGGGAUUUAUUUAUUCUGUCCCAUUCGAUACGGAUUCGGAUUAUAUGUUUUACAGUGAUCCCUUAGUGACUGCGAGCACAGCAAUACACGUGAAUAAAGACGGUUCCUCCUUUGUAACAGCUGCUGCCGGCUACCAGUUUCUUGGAAGUGCCUUAAAAGAAUUAUUUUUCAACAUAACAAGCUAUCAGUAUGACGAAGACUGUGGCUAUGACUGCACACCGUCGUGUUAUAAUGACAGUGUAGAAUGCUUCCUUAUCGAUAAUAAUGGAUACAUCGUCGUUUCGAAGGACGAGGGACAGGUGGGGACACAUUUCGCCAUGUAUUCACAGAACUUGCGAUUAUUUGACAAACUUGUCAGCGACAACAUAUUCCAAGAAAUAACAGUAGUAGAUUACCAAGGGAUGUGUCAGCGUAAUUUCACUGUAAGCGCCGCACCAACACUUCAUAACACAUUAUCUAAUAUCAUGUCAAUUUUCACUUGGCUGGCCAAUCAAUUCAUAGUCUUCCUAAGCCACGCAAGUGUGUACGAUUGGCUGAUAUCAACAUUAUUACCUGGAGAUACCUUAGCUGAGAGAGUAUGGUUUGAACCGUGUGAACACGAGUAUACAUUCUAUGUCGCAAAUAAAUCUGGUAACAUCGUGGGAGGUCAGCUGUAUGGGUCCUUCCAAGCUUCUUGUACCGACUGCACCAAGUCUUUCGGUGUGCAGCCAGUGCCUUAUUCUAACCUCCUUCUAGUCAUCCAGGACAGAGAUUGUUCCUGCAAUGCGAGAAACAGCAUUCAACUGGACCCCGAAGAAGUGAUUUACAAUGAAACAGCCUGGUGCCAAAGACUACGACAGUUCAAAACGAGACGGAGACCCGAUACGUGCUUCAACUACGAUCCAAAUGAGGAUUCAUCAGAAUGUGGGCGUGGCAUUGCUUCCCGACCUUCCACUUGCCUCAUUCUCAUUGGCCUCGUUUUGACCGCUUGGUGGCGCCAUCAUUAUUGAUGAAAAGACGACAUUAAAAUCAAAUUGAAACUUUGCCAUCGUUUUUUUUCUCUCUUCAUUUUAAGUGUGUGCAACUUUUUUCAUUCAUGGUGCAAAUGACUCUGAAGGAUUUUACUUUUUCAACAGAAUGACGAAUGAUUCAUUCUGAGGUGUUAUUAUUGUUAUUAUUGUUCUAGUGGCCCAAACAUGGAGUAGUGUGUGUGCAGCACUUUGUAACCGAAAGGAAAAGGCGCUAUAUCAAACUGACUAUUCGAUUGGAUGAUACAAGUAUAAAUAACGUGUACUGCUCCAAUUUGAUUAUGCGAGGAUAAGGAGAUAAACGGAUAAUAGUUAUUCUUUAUUUCCAUAGCGAGGACAUUAACUACAACUGCGCUGGAAUUUUCUCGUGCAAUUUAAUGGACAGUUGAAAUAGUGUCCGGAUUGUCAGCUUGCAGUAAUUUUUGCUGUACAGAGGAAAAUCGGAAAGGAUGCAGCGUUCUUUACCUUUUUCUUUAUUUCAUUUUUUUUUUACAAAAUGCGAAGAAUUCGGAAUGUUACAUUUAUGAUUAUUUCCACUGUGAUGAUGAUAUCUUGUUCAAUGGGAACCCGGCAUAUUUAACGCCGAGCAAUGGAAUAUGUAAUCUUUUGUUACAAUGCUCCCCAGGGAGUGGAGAUGGUGCAUACAUUAUGUGCGAACAAGCUAGGAUCCGAUGAAUGGUUUAUAUCUGUUGAGUGGUUAGACAAAGUCGUUCCAAUAACUCGAGCGCUUUACUCGCUGACAAGCGAGGAAUAUCAUCAUUAUAAUUAUCAAUAUUCUAUAAUGAUUGGUGAUUCAUUUAUUGAUUUAUUGCAUUGUGGGUUAACCAAACAAUUAUGAUACAGAUAUCAAAUCAUAUUAGUAAACCUAUGGGCGACUAUACCAGGGACUAGGGGCACAUUCCAUGGAAAAUCUAAAUUUCAUUCACCAACAAUGGGAAAUGCCACCCCCCCUCCGUCCCUUCCCUCCUUGGGGAGAAUUUACAUGCAAAGGGGAUAUAUUUCUUAUGUUUAUUCACCCCCCCUCCCAAAGAGCGUCCAUGGGAAUAAGAUUGCAAAAAUGGAAUAGAUAGGCCUAUAUGAACUAGCCAUUUAGUACAGGUUUUCAAGAUGAAAUGACAAAUCAAACAAUUGUAAUAGAAAUACAUGGACUAAUCAUUAAAAUAACAUUUCUCUGUUAUUCUUUCGAGUUCUGCUUUGUGAAAGAAGGGGAAUUGUGCCCCGAUGGUACCCUUGCUACGCCAUUGGAUUGCGCUGGAAAGCAUCAUUUUUAUGAAGUAUUCAACUUGUGAUUUAUUGAUUAAACAGUAUAUUUGCAAAUAAAAAAGGAUUUAUUAUGCUUAUUGAUUUGAAUUUGAUAUUUUGAUAUUGCUUUUCACAGUUUGUGCCUUUUCAAUAUUAAAGAAUUGUAUAACGUUAUGCCUCUUUUAUGCUGAGUAAUGAUGAAUGUAUUUUGUAAAGGUGAUUUAUUCAGAAAGCAGGUCAUAGAAAAUGUGGAAACACAAAGGAAGUGUUCAUACAGAAAAGCGUCUAAUUUCUUUUUUUCUGAUUUUAUUUUUGUAAUAUAAGCUGCAGAGUGUCUUUCAAGCAAUGAAGUGCGUUUUUUUGUUACACCUCAAACUUGUCAAAUCGAAGCGAAAUUACGAACACCUGCAAAGUGUAGUUUCUGUUAUUCCUCCAGAUUUAUAAAUUUUAUUCAUUUAAUUAUUUAUUGCAAAUAUUUAUCCAGAGUAGCCUAUUCAGUUUGAAAUAAAUAAAUAUAUAUUCGUUUAAUAUACAUUGGGGUACCAUUAACAUUUAAAGAUUAUUUGUCGUUGACAAAAGUAUUUGGAAAAUGAAGUUUGGUGAACGGCAACGUGGAUACUUUUAGCCAGUGAAUAUGUUUUGACGCCGGUUAGACAUUUGAAUCAAAGCCGUAAAAAUUUUUAUUCCACAUCCAUGCGCGGCACUACAAGGGGGUAGGGAGGCAAAGGAAUGGUCGAGCCAAUUAUAUGUUUACGGAUAAAAACAAUAGGGAAAUAAAAAAAUCAAUUGUGAAAAGUUUGGAAAAGAGACGGCCGUUUAUAUACUUGUCCCUUUUUUUCAUUUAUUUUUUCAUAAUGGGAUGGAUAAGCAAAUCAGGAAUGUAGAAUGCUCUAAACAUAUCUGUAUCCAAACUCUUCCCUCACUCCAAUCAUAGCUCUCUUUAUCUUCCUUUCCCCCAUUUUUUUUUUUUUUUGGGGGGGGGAUAAAGAUAACCCUUGUUUUAACAGCUUUUAUUCUGUUUAACCCAGUUCAAAACGUAGAAAGUUCAAAUUCCCGAUCUACCGAUCUUUGUCUUUGGUGAAUGGCGUGUUCAACCGGAGAGAUGUACAUAUAUAUGCUCCAAAUUUAAAGCACAAAGUUUGCCUGCUGUGCGCAGUCUGCGUGCACAAGACCAGGCCACUUCACAAAUGAAAUAAAAGUACUGUGACAUUCAUUACAUACAUUUAACAAUAUUCAAAAUAUCGGCCCAUCGUUGUUAUCUUUGAUAUUUGAAAAAUGUACUUUCAGAGCAUUUUGGUUUAUUUUUAGGGUACUUUUUUUUUAUAGUGGUGCUCUGAGUCCGGGGCUUCCAACAUCAUACCGAAUCACCGUACUCUGUCAGUGACGCUUCGUUUUCAUUUUUUCUUGAGAGCUAGAACAACGCCGAUAUUAUUUUCUUUUCUUUUUAAUAAAUAAACUAUUUGAACAAUAAUUCAAAAGGCAGGGAUCGCGGAACGAAUUAGAGCCAAAAAUGUAUUUGGAAGGGGGGGGGGGCUGAAAUCCUAAUUCGGUGAUCAUUUUCACAUUUUUGUACGUGGUUACUGAAAAAAAAAUGCGUGGGAUGGGGCUGAAGUGCACCACCUCCCCUCCUGUUCCGCGGCCGCUGAAAAGCAUGGGAAAAUAGGAAUUUGAUUCUUUGACAGGAAGUUGUAUACAUGUUCUCUUCCGUUGAAUGUUUUAUAUAAAUUACAUACUAUAUUUUGUUUAUAUGUGUGCUUCCGAUCAAUUGUUAUGUAAAAAUUGUGUAUGUAGGUGACUUACUUGAAAAAAUUGAAAAAAUUGUUAUUUCGAAUUAUGCAUGGCUCUUAAUCGAUAUUUUACUUUGUAUUUUAACGGCAAUACAGCACAUAUUCAAGGAAUAGCACAGUCAUUAUAUUACAUUGAAGGCGAAAAAAUAAAUAUAGCAUUUUCAAUUCAAUUCAUAAUUAUACUUUCUAAAACGGUAAUUGUGCUUGAAGUCAUCGGCGUUUUCAGUUGCAAAACGCCGUGCUGUACUGCUUUCUGAAAGCAAAACUUUAUAAUGCCAUAAAUUUCUCAUUUUAUAUUCUAAUUUUCCUAUACAAUAAUUCAAAUCAUUUUUUUCUUUAAAGUAAACCUGUAUCCCAUUGCAUUAAAGUAACGACUAUGGUAACUUUGCCAUCCAAUGGUAACUACCAUGGUAAAGACGGUCAACAGCCAAUCAGAAUCGAGGAUUCGAUGGAAGUUAUACCAUUGGAUGGCAAAGUACCAUAAUGGUAACUUUUAUGCAACGGGGCCCUGGACUUUCAAACUUUUGCCAUUACUUUAUUUUGACGAGUCAAAUUAUAUUUUUCUUUGGGAACUAACAUAAAAAAUUCCAUAAACAUUGUUAUUUAACUGCCAUGCUAAGAGUCCAGUCAGCAGAUUUGGUGCUAGGUCUGACAUGUUUUCAGAUACUCAUGAAACAUUUGUUUUUUAAUGUUAUGCAUGAAUGUAGAAAAAUCAGCAAAAAUGCCUUAUGGGAUAGCAAGCGUUCACAUUAAUAUCCCAUUGAUGCUCUACUCUGUUUAGAAUAUUCCUGUUCUUAUACCCCCAAUAUUGUAAUCCGUAUACUAUUAUAUUCUAUUGAGUCAAUAUAGUACUUCUUUGUUGAAGUACUAUAUUAUAUUGAGAGUCAAUAUAGCACUUCUUUGUUGAAGUACUGUAUGUUCGCAAUCAUGUUCAAAUUGUGUAUUGUAUUGUAAUGUAACUAAAUCUACAUUCACAAGUGUUGCAAUUGUUGAAUUAUAUAUUACCAAGUUUUUAUAUUUAAGAGGACAUUAGUAAAUUUGCUGAAAGAUUGCU